AUUUCCCCCCUGUUUUCAUUUUGGAGGGAAACUUCCCGCUGUUUUCGAAAACCAAUGAAUUAAGAAUUUUGAAAUUGGAAACCCUAGUUAAUCUCUACCAAAAACAACGCUCCCCCUUUCUUACAUAUAUAUCCAUGGUGUUCAUACUGAUUCUAUCGACCUAUACAUACACUAAUCAGAGAUCUGAAACCCAUCAAGCAUAAAUCCUCGACCUCGGGUUUAUAUCCACGCCUAUCAAAUAUGAGAGCUACCAAGCAAAAAAUCAUGAAAUCCGCCAAGCAAAAAACCCCCAAAAUGGAGGCAGAAUUCUUAAAAAAUCUGCCGUCGGAGAUCGUAAUCGAAAUUCUAUCAAGGCUUCCACUUCGAACAAUCGGAAUCUGCAGACGCGUUCGUAAGUCAUGGCGAGAUCUGCUCGGUACUCGCGAGUUUGCCGAUUCCCAUCUCUCUAAAUCGGUCCAAGGAAUGGUUGUCUGUACUGAAUUCGACAAUUACGAAGUUUUCGCAUUCGAAGACGGACUCGAUCUCGAAGACCCCAAGCGUCGAUACAGAGAAUUUACGAGCUUCGAUUGCAGCGAAUUGGGCAUUAGCAUCUGCAAUAUUAAAGGUUCUGUCAACGGCUUGCUUUUUUUGAACCCGUUGAGCUCUAUAUCUGAUGCCUAUUACAUAUGCAAUCCAAUCACUCGUGAGUAUAUCGAGUUUCCGUACGAGCAGAGGCUGCUCGACGAAGAUUUUAACGGAACGGUAAAUUAUGGAUUCGGGGUGAGCAAAGUGAGUGGCCAAUAUAAGGUUAUUAAAACUGUUCACGUUAAUAAGUCUAUCUGCCACGUGUACACUCUCGGCACAGGAAAAUGGAGACGAAUCCCCGCGGGCCCACCUUUGGGAGAUAACAAGAAUUCGAGUGGGGCGUUUCUUAACGGAUGUCUUCAUUGGUUUGUGGAUGACGACGAGGGCUCUGAUUUGAUUUCUUGCUUCGAUCUCGAGACGGAAACUUUUAGCAUGUUUGCUCAUCCGCCUCUUCCGUUGUCGAAAAGACAUCAAGUCAUUGUAGCUUUGGGGGAUUACUUAUGUAUAUGCGACAAUACGGAUGAAAACGAAAUUGCGCUUUGGGUUAUGAAGGAAUACGGAAAUGACAAGUCGUGGACGAAGGAAUUUGUUAUCCGAAAAGGUUAUCGGUAUUGUCGUGGUCGACCUUCUGGAAUCGUUUAUCCUAUCAAACUUUUCGAAGAUGGUCACGUAUUGAUGACGUGGGAGGAUCGCUGCAAAGAGUUCUCGAUGUUGUACUACUCGAACAAGGCUAAAACUACUGCAGAAGUUCAUGGAGUUUUCGGAAUUUCUAGUCGCAUGCAGGCAAUGCCUUAUACGCCGAGCUUUGUUUCGCUCAAAAGUUUCCCGAAAGAGGAUGUAAGUUUGUUCCGGUGAACGGUUGUAAGCUCAUUUUGAUGUUGUGUUUUGUCCCCACUUAGUAUUCUAGUUCAAAUAUUAAUGAUCAGAACUUUCGCGGGAAA